UCGGGGCUCGGGGCCGGGCGGGAUCUUUGCGGGAGCCAGCCAGGCCCGCCUGAGCCGUGUGUGUUUCUCCCGCAGGUGCGACCAUGGCCAAGUCCAAGAACCACACCACGCACAACCAGUCCCGUAAGUGGCACAGAAAUGGCAUCAAGAAGCCCAAAACCCAUAGAUACGAAUCUCUCAAAGGGGUUGAUCCCAAGUUUCUGAGGAACAUGAGAUUUGCAAAGAAGCACAACAAGAAGGGGCUGAAGAAGAUGCAGGCAAACAAUGCCAAGCAGGCAGCUCAGCAGGCUGCUCAGCAGAAAAAGGACUGAUGUGCUUUAAUAAAAAGACACAGUUUUCUUACUGG